UUGGCCGUCUGUCGCUACACCAUCCUGGGGACCGGGCGGCGACCCGCCUGGACCGCGCGGGUGGGAGCCGGUGCGCAGCUGGGCGCUUGGGAUUUCGUCCAGCGGGUUGAAAAGGAUCAAGCAGGCCUUGUGGAGCAUAGAAGUCAGGGGGCAGUUCGGGAAGGAAAACCUGCGUUCUGCUGUGAAGCUGCUUGGUGAGAGGUUGGAGAGCCCAAUGGCUGCAAAAUCCCAAUCCAGCGCUCCCAAAAUGAAGAGUCCAGCGAGCAUCACCAACGGCAAGGCUGCAACCCAAGGGCAGUGGGGCCGUGCCUGGGAGGUGGACUGGUUUUCCUUGGCGAGUGUUAUCUUCCUGCUGCUGUUUGCACCCUUCAUCGUGUACUACUUCAUCAUGGCCUGCGACCAGUACAGCUGCUCCCUGAUGGCCCCCGUGGUGAGCAUCGCCACCGGGCGGGAUCGACUCUCGGACAUCUGGGCCAAGACGCCACCUGUGACGACGAAAGCGGCCCAGAUCUAUGCGGCGUGGGUCAUGUUCCAGGUGCUUCUGUACAUGCUGCUUCCUGACUUCUGCCAUAAGUUUCUGCCGGGCUACGUGGGGGGCGUUCAGGAGGGCGCCGUGACUCCCGCAGGAAUUGUCAACAAGUACGAGAUCAAUGGCCUGCAGGCGUGGCUUGUCACUCACCUGCUCUGGUUCGCCAACUCCCACCUCCUCACCUGCUUCUCUCCCACCAUCAUCUUCGACAACUGGAUCCCGCUGCUCUGGUGCGCCAACAUCCUGGGCUACAGCGUCUCCACCUUUGCCAUGAUCAAGGGCUACUUAUUCCCCACCGACGCCCGAGACUGCAAAUUCACAGGCAAUUUCUUCUACAACUAUAUGAUGGGCAUAGAGUUUAACCCGCGAAUUGGGAAGUGGUUUGACUUCAAGCUCUUCUUCAAUGGACGCCCUGGGAUCGUCGCCUGGACGCUCAUCAACCUGUCCUUCGCAGCCAAGCAGCAGGAGCUCUACGGCCACGUGACCAACUCCAUGGUCUUGGUCAACGUCCUGCAGGCCAUCUACGUGCUGGACUUCUUCUGGAAUGAAACCUGGUACCUGAAAACCAUUGACAUCUGCCACGACCACUUUGGGUGGUACCUGGGCUGGGGGGACUGCGUCUGGCUGCCGUACCUCUACACACUGCAGGGUCUGUACCUGGUGUACCACCCCGUGCAGCUGCCCAUCCCCUACGCCCUGGGCGUCCUGCUGCUGGGCCUGCUGGGCUACUACAUCUUCCGGGUGACCAACCAUCAGAAGGACCUUUUCCGCCGCACGGACGGGCGCUGCCUGAUCUGGGGCAGGAAGCCCAAGGUCAUCGAGUGUGCCUACACGUCGGCCGACGGGCAGAAGCACCACAGCAAGCUGCUGGUGUCCGGCUUCUGGGGCGUGGCCCGCCACUUCAACUACACCGGAGACCUGAUGGGCAGCCUGGCGUACUGCCUGGCCUGCGGUGGUGGCCACCUGCUGCCCUAUUUCUACAUCAUCUACAUGACCAUCCUGCUGACCCACCGCUGCCUGCGGGAUGAGCACCGCUGUGCCAACAAGUACGGCCGGGACUGGGAGCGCUACACGGCCGCCGUGCGUUACCGCCUGCUGCCCGGAAUCUUCUAAAGGGCCAUCGUGGGAAGAGCCCCCAGCGGGAUGGUGAGGAGUGAGGGAGUCAGGUCCGCUGGGUGGCAUCCUUCCAGCUCCACCCUCCAGGAGCCUCGAUGUCCUCAUCUGUAAAAUGGAAACAGCCCGGCACUUGUCCUGAGUGGCAGUCCGAGGGUCCACACCACCUGCCUUCUCACCAGCAGAAGUGACCAGCUUUCUCUGUGUAGGGUUCCCACGACCGGGGAUGACCUGCUUUGCCCACUGAUGACACCAUUUCUUCUCUGUCGGGGGUCCGAGCCGCUCCGCUGCCCAGACAGCAGGAGCCUGAUACUGAAUCUGGCGUCUCCCAGCCCCCGUAGUCAGUCCUGCCAUUACUCUUGCUAGAUAAAGUAGAAGUGGACACGUAAGCUGUGCAAGUUAUCAGCUGACUGCCUUUCAGCUGCAGGCGCACCUACAUCACCUGCUCUGCUGUGGUGAGCUGCGCCCUUCAGACUUUUCUCCUUUGCAGCCUGCACCCCGUUACAUUUGUCUUUAGAGGGCGCUGAGGAACGCUGCACGCGGAAUGGGCUUCUUCUGGUUCUGGUUCUUCCAGACUCGGCUCAGGUGACCCAGAGAACUUGGCCACCGUCUGGGGGCCUCACCCAAGCCUUCCCCCAAGGAGACCUGAACCCCAGGCUUGGGGAGGGGACCCCCUUCACGUGUUUUCUUGCCUUGGGUACGCUUCUCGACCUGCAGGUACUCUUGACAGCUCUCUUUAGAUGUUAUUGCCCUAGUUGGAUUAGUAAUACUUUUUCUAGGUGUCCCUGGGAGAUAUUGUAGGUUCAGUUCUAGACCACCCCAGUAGAGCACAUUUCACGUUGAAGUGAGUCACGUGGGAUUUUUGGCUUCCCAGUGCAUAUAAAAGUUAGGUUUACAUGAUUCCGUACUCUUUUAAGUAUGAAAUAGCAUUGUCUUAAAAGACAGUGUAUCGGCUGUUUUCACUAAAAAAAAAAAAAAAAAAAGAAAAAUAAGUGCUGAUAAAGAAUCAUGUUGCUUAAUUGUUUUCAUUAGAAUCAUUUAUCUUUAUUCAUGAUAUAUUAAUUCUGUUUAAAAUAAAUUAUAGCUAUUUUCCAAAAAAAAAAAAAGACAGUGUACACACCCUGAUUGAAAGAUGUUUUAUUGCUAAAAAAAUGCCAAAAUGAUCACCAUAGUAACAUCACAGCUCACUGAUCACAGGUUACCGUGAACAAACGCAAUGAAGUUUGAAGUACUGCCAGAAAUGCUGAAAUGUGAUGCAGAGACACAAAGUGAGCAAACGCUGUUGGAAAAAUGGCGCUGGUAGGCUUGCUGGACGCAGGGUCGCCACAAACGUCCAAUUUGUAAAAACACGGUAUCUGCAAAGCACAAUAAAGUGAGAUGUGCCCAUUUUAAACUGUC